AUUACCAGACAUUGACGAGUGUGCUGUGUCUAAUGGCGGCUGUAGUCACAAGCGUGUCAACAUUGUGGGAGGCUUCAAAUGUGAAUGCCCUGACCCUCAACUGAGCUUGUCAUCUGACAACAAGACCUGUCGCGGUCAGUAUAAAAGAAUAGCUGCUUUCUGACGUUCAAUAUUAACUUGAAAAAAUAAUAAUUUAAAUGUAGGAAUUAUAACACAAUGUCUGAGUCCAAUAAUAAUAAAGAUAGACCAACAAAAUGUUAAAGUUCGCAAAUAAUGCUUUCCUACUCUAGUUAUUUUUCUGUUAAUCGUUUUAUUUUAGCUCCAGGUGUUAACGUGCAGUGUAAGAGUGAAAACAUGACCAUCAUCAUACCCAAGUCCCUCCUCUUUGGUAUUGACCGUGAACACCUUCGACUCUUGGACACCAGUUGCAAAGCUGCAGAGAAUACCACCCACUUCUCACUCACAACACCGCUGACUGGCUGUAACACAACAAGCAGGCACACACCCACAGCUAUCGUCUACUCCAACGCAGUCUUAGACAUGCCCGUGGCUGUUAAAAAUGUGGUGACACGUGUUCGUGAAUUAGAAAUACAAUUCAGCUGUUUUUACAGCAAACGUGGCGUGGUUUCAUCAGUUGUUUGGAAAGCAAGUAACAGAAAGCUUGUGUUUAGCAAUGAAGGAGAAGGGAAACUGAGACUCGCACUUGAUAUGUUUUCUAACAAAACAUUCGUGAGUCCUUACACGAAGAGGGACUUUCCUGUGGCAGUGAUACUUCGCAAGCCCCUCUUCUUUGAAGUGUCGGUCAUAUCAGAUGAUAAGCAGCUGUCAAUCAGAGCAGAUCGCUGUUAUGCCACUCCUACUCAGGAUCGUAUGAACCCUCUGAAGUAUGAGUUCAUUAAACAAGGGUACGAUAAAAAAAACAUAUGUUAUAGUACAAUGACAUUUCUCUGUAAAACAAAAAAUGCACUCAGUUAACUAACAAACGAUACACGCAGACAGAGGGACUGGAGCCGAAAUGUGCCCGCAAUGGUUUCUGGGAUCGUGAGUGGGGACGCGCUGAUCAGCUAUUGGUCAUUUUUGCCCGGUACUUGGUAAAAGUCCCAGAAGUCUUUGCGAAAGUUAUUUUGGCCCAGUUUCCUUCCGGUUUUCAAAGUGGUAAAUUGUUGUCGAAGAAAAGCAAUGUCAUCUUUGCUUUUUUUAGGGGAAGAGGUUCGUGGAGUUGGGUGAGGUCUAAGAGUUUUUACACUGACUCACCGGCGUAAAAUUCGUUAUGUAGUCGGCCACUAAUGUAUGUCAUGCACUUAAUUUUAGCGAUUAAAGCAAUUAAUUAAACCGAUAUAGACACAGCAUCUUCAUUUCUUUUUAUUUGUACUUAAUUUCUAACUGAGUUAUAAAGGCAGCUUCUACCUUUGUUUGAUGCCAUUUCUCUUAGAUGUCCAAGUGAUGCAACCUUACAGUACCAUUCUGCGCCCUUAGCUGGUGUUCAGCGGUUUAGCCUGGAAGCCUUCAAGUUUAUUGCAGAUCAUCCAUUUGUUUUUCUUCACUGUCACGUGAUCCUUUGCAACGCCUCUGACCCAGGUUCCAUAUGCAAUAGAAGCUGUGCAGCGGAAGGCGACAGACGAAGACGUGAAGUUAGUCCCCAAGAAAAUGACGUCUACACUUUGGGAGAAGGCCCAAUCUACCUGGCGCGCAGAAAAGAAGAGGAAAUACAAUCUAGUGGUCUGGGUAUGAGGGGUAUGUAUUAGUGGGCAUGUAGCAUAAAAUUUAUAAGAUGACUGAAAUACUCAGCAUUUGGUUCCAGUUUAAAAGAACCGUGUUAAAAUGGACUACACGCGAUGAUGAUGCUAAUACUUACGAUUCAAUAUUGCGAAAAACCUUAUUACCAAACUUAAAGUAAAGGACCGACUCUCUUAUAACUUCUGGCUGCAUCUAGUACUCAAUAUCCCGCCCUCCUUUUUGUCUGCAUACGAAGCUUCCGUGGCACCUUCCGAUACUGAAUAUGUAGCCAUCCUAAUUUCACCAAGUAAACUAGACUCUAAAUCUUUCACUUUGCCAUUCGAAUCUUCAGGUUCUACACACUGUCUGAUUCUAGUUCUGAUCAUUUCUAUAUCUGAUUGCAAACUUAUCGAGCCUUGCACUUAAAUUGCGUAAUUGAGCAUGAAAAAUCUUUCGCAACAAUGACUCAAACUGCAAUACCCUGAAAUAGGUAUUAAGAAGUGUGUCCCGUUUCUUCAUUUCCGACCAUUUUGUUGAUUCUGAAACUAAAUUUCAUCUUUCUAGGUUCCAGUCCCUCCAUUGUAAUGGCUCUACUUGUGACAAGUAUCGCCUUUCGGUGUGUACACCGAUGAUAACCCUUAAGAAGUCACCUGACAGGACUAAUGGUAAUAUCAAGUUACGACAAAAGAUGAAAGAACGCUUAUUCACGUUAACUUGAUGUCACACAUUUAAAGGGUACCUUGGAUUAGAGAUAUUCAAACUGAUGAGCUUAGUUGAUUCAUAUUCAUUAUUAAACGGCUUUUUGCUUUCAACGCCGCGAAAAGCUCUCUACAAAGUAGAAAGACAACUCAAACUUUUCACCUAGCCGAAUUCCUUUAUUAUUCCAAACCAUCAUAAAAGCUAUUUUCAAUAUUUAAGGCCUAGGACAAACGUCGAACUUUUCAUGAGACAAACCCAACUAAGUGAGUUAAGUUCAACGUCUGGCUCAAUUAAGUUCGUCUGAAUGAGUUUGGAUCUUCCAAGAUGUUCUAUCAGUCCCUUCCAGACGGAUAGAACGUCUGACGAUCGUUUCCGGGACAAACGUCAAUCUUCACAUGCCACGAACUAAACUAAAGCUUUAGUAAACAGGGCAACAAAAAAGUGCA